AUGGCCGCUUCGUUUGUGCGAGCCGCGGGCUGGCACUCCGCCAAACGACUUUGCCUCCGACCUACCUUUCAGACACUCCCGAGACAGUCGCCUCUCCUUUCGCGCGCACUCUCUACCACCCUCAGUCGAAAUGCUACCCAUCAGGUUCCUGGGAACCCGGAAUCCAGCGAUGGACCACUGACGACUACCAUCAGCCCGACCGAUUCGACCUUUUCCGCACACACCCAGCAGGAUUCUCUUCUCGUGAACAAAGCCCCGGAGGACGAGAGCUAUGAAGCUAGGAAGAUUCGACACUAUACCGUGAACUUCGGGCCCCAGCAUCCUGCCGCGCACGGCGUGUUGCGUUUGAUCCUUGAGUUGAACGGCGAAGAGAUAGUCCGAGCAGAUCCUCACGUCGGUUUACUGCACCGCGGCACCGAGAAACUCAUCGAGUACAAGACAUAUCUUCAAGCUUUGCCAUACUUUGACCGAUUCGAUUAUGUCUCUAUGAUGACGAACGAACAAGUUUUCUCUCUGGCUGUCGAGAAGCUUCUCAACAUCGAAAUCCCAGAGCGAGCCAAGUACAUUCGUACACUGUUUGGGGAGAUCACUAGAAUUUUAAACCACUUGAUGUCCAUUCUUUCUCACGCUAUGGAUGUUGGCGCCUUGACACCUUUCUUGUGGGGUUUUGAGGAACGAGAAAAGCUCAUGGAAUUCUAUGAACGUGUUUCUGGCGCACGGUUGCACGCUGCCUACGUUCGACCUGGAGGCGUCAAGGCUGAUUUGCCCCUUGGUUUGCUCGACGAUAUUUAUGCGUGGGCGACUCAAUUUGGUGACCGUAUCGACGAAACCGAGGAGCUCCUGACCGACAACCGAAUCUGGAUUGGCCGGACCAAAGGCGUUGGCGUUGUGUCUGCCGCGGAUGCACUCAACUACAGUUUCUCCGGUGUUAUGCUGCGUGGCUCGGGUGUACCUUGGGACAUUCGCAAGAGUCAGCCUUAUGAUGCCUACGACAAGGUUGAGUUUGACGUUCCCGUUGGACAGAACGGUGAUUGCUACGACCGAUACCUCUGCCGUAUGGAGGAAUUCCGACAAUCGUUACGCAUCAUUCAUCAAUGUUUGAACCAAAUGCCGCCGGGCCCUCAUAAAGUGGAAGACUACAAGAUUGCGCCGCCACCGCGUGCUGCCAUGAAGGAAAACAUGGAAGCUUUGAUCCACCAUUUCUUACUGUUCACAAAAGGCUACACUGUUCCUCCUGGAGACACAUACACUGCCAUCGAAGCACCCAAAGGGGAAAUGGGUGUGUACCUCGUCAGCGACGGCAGCGAGCGCCCUUACCGGUGCAAGGUUCGCGCUCCCGGUUUCGCACACUUGGGAUGUUUCGACCAGAUCAGUCGUGGCCAUCUACUUGCUGACGCAGUCGCCAUAAUUGGCACAAUGGACCUUGUUUUUGGGGAAGUAGACCGUUGA